AUGCGUUUCAACCCAGAGAAAUGCACCAUCGGCGUCUGGGCAGGAAAGUUCCUCGAUUUCUACUUGACCGAAAGAGGAAUAGAAGCCAACCCGGACAAAUGCCGAGCAUUCUCGGAACUCCCCACACCUAACAAUAAGAAAUCCAUCCAAGUCUUAAACGGGAUGCUCACAGCGCUGUCCCACUUUGUCACGAAAUCCGCCCAGCAUGCUCUCCCAUUCUUUAAACUGCUGCGCAAGGAAGCGACCUUCGAAUGGUCCGAGGAGUGCGAACAAGCACUAUCUCACCUCAAGCAAGUCCUCUCGGAGCCACCCGUCCUGUCUCGACCGGGAAACGACGAGAUCCUAUAUCUCUAUCUAGCCGUCUCUAACGAAGCAGUGAGCACGACAUUAAUUCGAGAAGCUAAAGACGGGCAGAAGCCCGUAUACUUCACCAGCAAAGCCCUACAAGGACCCGAGGUGCGAUACCAGCAAAUCGAAAAAGUCACGAUGGCACUGAUAAUAGCCGCUCGAAGGUUGAGGUACUACUUCCUUGCUCAUACCAUCAUCGUCCGAACUGAUCAACCAAUCAAACAACUUCUCGGCCGACCAGAUAUGGUCGGGAGAAUGCUGAAGUGGUCCCUCGAGCUAUCCGAGUUUGACGUCCAAUACGAAAGCAGAAAAGCACUGAAAGCUCAGGCAUUAUCCGAUUUCGUGGCUGAGAUGACCUCGAUCACCUCCUCCCCUCCUCCUGUCGAGAAUAAGUGGACCAUCUACGUAGAUGGCGCCUCCAGCAGCUCGGGAAGCGGAGCCGGCGUCAUCUUGGAAAACGACGAAGGCCUCAUCAUUGAGGUAUCCCUAGUCUUGUCCUUCACCACGUCGAACAACCAAGUCGAGUACGAAACUUUCCUAGCGGGCCUGCGGCUCGCUGAUGACGUAGGCGCCCGGGAGGUAAAGAUAUACACCGACUCCCAACUCGUCUCAUCCCAAGUUAACGGUGACUACCAGGCCAAAAACGAUGUCCUUGUCGAGUACCCCGCGCUAGUCAAAGAUAAAAUUAAAAACUUUGCAAAAGCAGAAGUCAAGCACAUACCUCGGGAACAUAAUUCCCGGGCCGACGUCCUGUCCAAACUCGCGAGUACGAGAAAGAAAGGAGGGAACAAGUCAGUGAUCCAAGAGAUCCUUUCAAGACCAAGUGUAGGUAAGAGCGCGCCCUACAUGCCAGUGCUCGCCAUUGGCGACGACUAUUGCUGGAUGACCCCGGUGUAUAACUUCCUCACAAAGGACGAGCUGCCAACAGACGCGAAGGAGGCCUCCGCAGUCAAAAGACGAGCCUGCUCAUACUUCAUCGUCGAAGACAAGCUAUACCGGCGAGGGUUCUCCAUCCCUCUUCUCAAAUGCGUCGAUGCCUCCCAAGCGCUCGAGAUACUGCAUGAGCUUCACGAGGGGAUCAACGGCCAACACCUCGGCGGUCGAUCACUAGCAAGAAAAGCCCUCAGAGCGAGAUACUACUUGCCGACCAAGCAGCAAGACACCAAGGAGCAUGUCCAGAAAUGCGAUAAGUGCCAGCGCCUCGCCGAUAUGCACUUAGCUCCCCCUCACGAGCUAAAAUCCCUAUCAUCACCAUGGCAUUUCUCCACUUGGGGAAUGGACCUCCUCGGACCAUUCCCAGUAGGAUCAUACUAA